AUGAAUAGCCAAGUUAUAAAACUUGCUGAUUUCCCAUUUCAAUGCAUUUAUUUAGUAGAGGCAAAGAAAAUGAUAAAUGAAUUUUCUCGAUUCAAAUACAAGAUAUCAACUGUCAUGUCUUUAACCGAUUUCCCCAAUCUAGAACUUUAUGAGCAUAGCUAUGUGAUCAGGUUUGGCGAUUGCCCGAUGAAGGCUUUAAAUUUAACGCCUGCGUGA